UCUAUUUUUAUCUCUGAUUCUAUCAUCAAGUGGCAUUUAAUCAGGAAGUGGUGUGCGAGCAGGUUUUCCUCGUCUAUAAGACACAUAAAGGUUGAGAGGCAUUUCCCCAGAAGGAUCAGCUGUACAUUUAAAAAGAAGGCCUGACAAACUGCUGUGAUAGCGCUGAGGAUGUAUCUGAAGGUUGAAAAGAGAUGGAGGACAACGUUGGAGCAGGUAAACGGAUGUUCAAGUCUUUCUACGUGUCUAACUGAUUCUUCAGCUUCAGCAGAGAUGCUCACGGUGAAUUUACAAGACAGGAAAUGUUUGUUAAUCACUGUUGCAGCUCUUUAACCUGCACACACACACACACACACAGACACAGAGGAAUCAUUUUAUUCACAGACUACAAAGCACGCAGAUAAUUAUUAUGAAUGUCCUGGAUCCAGAUCUCACUCUGUCUUUGGAUACAUGCACUAGACUUCUCUCCCUCUUCUAAAUGCAGCAGUUUAUGAGAACUUAGUCUGUUUUUGAUAUUGUCACUAUCUCACAAUGCAGAGAAACCCGUUUAAAAUCUAAAAAUCUUAAUAUUUAGCAUAAAUAUUCAUCAUAUUUCCCCACUUUCUUAUCCUUCAAUUGUGGCAUUUUUCAAUGUUUUCUAUCAUUUUUUUUAAUUGAUAAUUUAAAUAAUAGUUUGUUGCAGUGUCUUGUGGUGAAGUUUAUAUAUAUAUAUAUAUCAAAAAGCCAUUAUUGGCUUGAUAUCCGUGUAGAUUUAGUGAGGACAGAGCCAGAUGUUCCAGCUGUUGCUCAUCUUCAGGUCUGCUUUGUGUCAAAGUUCGUGCAUGUUAUUCCCUCCCUCCUUUUUUUUAUUUUUCUGUUGCCGGUGCAGGCAGUGGCACAGCGAUAAGCCCAGCUGUGAUGACGCUCGCACUUUCUAUUGUGUCGUCGUGUUUGGAGCUCAGCGGGGCGAGAUCGUCCUCGCAGGCUGCUGGAUGUUUGGCCUCGGCCUUUUCUAAAUAUCUCACACAUGCACGUCGCUUAACUACUUGUGCAUCACUUUUAUCUUGUUAGAUAAAAACAGGUGUUGACAAACUGCAUAACGUGCCGUUGAAAAAUGAUAUCGCAGUACUCGCGAUAACUUGACUUCCCUUCAAACACACAUGAUUUGUACUUUAAACUAAGAGUGUGCAGCCUCUCCUCCCCGGUGGAGGAGUUUCUUCAUGGUGGAGUCGUCUCUCGGUAUCUGCCUCCCUCCUCCUCCUUCCUCCUUCCUCCCCCUCAGCCUGACAUUGGCUGGUAUCUCUCUAAACAGACUGUGACCCGGGCCAAACAUUCCUGUCUGUGCUAUGUUUCCUGACAAGGACACUGAAGGAGAUCUUCAGCAGAAAAACAGGGUUGUGAAAUGGAGGGUGGUGAUGGAAUGUACAGGCGUAUCAGAUACCUGGUCGAUAACGGGGCAAAACCUGUAUGGAGUCAGAGUUUAUCAAAAUCUGAUCGUCGGAGCCAAGUUUCAAAUGUCAGAAAUGUAACGUCAGAGCCACUUGAAAUGCUGUCGAUCUCUGGACCAGUAAGAUAUAUAAAGUUCUCCGUCUACCAUAUAAAAGGAAGAUUAAACCUAUAAUCCUACAUUUGUUUUGUUUUUAUCUUUUUGGUUAAUCGGGAUAGACUCUUGAGAACAAGGUCGACCCUUAUGUGGAUGUAGUCGCUGCCACAAUAGAAAGUAGAGAAAUAGAAUAAAUGGAAGAACAAAAGAGGACGACAUGCAGAGAUGUGUGCCCGUGAUGAGUAAACUCUGAUAAAGAUUUAAUUUAUUUGUUUUCAUUUUGUUGGAGUUUAAUGGUUCAUGUUGGUUUUAUAAAAUGAAAGUUAAAUGAAGUUGUUGAUGCACGAGUAGUUUCCAAUUGUUCUAAGAAAAUAAAAGAUAAAAGUGACUUGAUAAGAUCUGUAACUUCCUUGUUUUAAGGCUCAUGCACAGCUUGUACUAGAUUUGGCAGCAGAAGUGGUUGUUACAUUUUUCUACUUUAUCUUUAUCUCUUUACCAACUGAUAACUUUUGUUGUGUUCGCGUCCUGUUUGACUUUCCCAGCAGCCCCAGCGGCUCUGCAGGCACAGAAACUUGCAGCCCAAACACUAGAUUACAGCAAGGACGCUGCAGAACAAUAACUCCUCCCCUUCGCCUCAAAUCCCCCUUCAUAAUCCCCGAGGAAAUCUCCUCCGCAGCACAAGGAGUCGGCUGUGCAGAAGUGAAGUGGAAGUGUCCUUUUUGAAACCAGGGCUGAUGUAGAGCACAAAGACAACUUGCACACAAACAGAACUCUAAACGUGUGAGGUAGUUGGAAGAAUGAUCCAAACUCACGCCCCCAUUCCUGGCACUCGUCCAAGCUGACAGAAGAGGAGUUUGAGGCCGCCAGGCGAGACGCCGCCACGGCACCUGCCUGGCAGCCAGAACAUGAAGCAAGGGCCAAAGAGUCGUCCAAUCAAGAGGACCAGAACUCCCAGUGUCAGCUAACCAGCCAGUUGAGCUCAGGGACCAACAUGGAGAAAGUGGAGCGUCCCUCUCAUCCCUUCCCACCAGGUCGUCUUUCCCCGAAUAAAUACAUCAGCAGUGAUGAGCCGCUCUGUGGACCAGGAGGCAAAAGAGACUCCGGGUUCAGCUGUUUCUCCAUCACCUCCAGCCCUCCUGUUCAUGACCACAAAACAUCUGAUGGGAAGGGUACCAGCACUGAAAACAUUUUUUUCAAGGGCCUUCAUAGUGAAGGGCCUCAGCAGGUGGACCGGCCCAGGUACCUGCAGCCGAUGCUGGGAAACGGAGGCUGGGAGGGAUCACGGGGCGAGGAGCAGUCUGCCUCUCGGGUCUCCGUCGCAGGGAGGCUCAGCGCAGGCCCACUGUGGCAGGUACCAGAGAAGAAGAAGGACCAGCCUCCUCCUCCCCCACAGCCUCCCCUGCGCAGUGACAGUUUUGCCGCCACAAAGGUGUUCCCGUACUCUGAAGGGCCUAGCGGGCCAGCAAAGACCCACGGCAGGUAUAUUGAAAAACUGACAGAACAUAACCUCAGAUCUCAGCAGGAGAAAACCUCAGAGGCGAGACGGAGCUUCAACCCCCUGCCCACCAAAGACUUCCUCCAUCCCAACAUGGCGGCUGACCACAAUCACAACCAGCUGCACCCCAACAAACUCUUCUCGCUGUCCAGCAAUGAUGUCAGACAGUCUCAUUACACCCAACCGCCUGCCCACCAGAGGCAAUACAGUGACGAAAGUCCCUUCUGCAUGCAGACCAGGUCAGUACCUCCUACCAAGAUUCAGAGUGUAGGAAGCUACUAUCGCAGCCUCCAGGAUCUGCCCACAAACAUCUUCAGCCGGAAACACGUCAGGCACUCCACAGCAUCCAUGGCGAGUUCUGCUGUAAACCCAAACCAGGAGAACGGGGGGCACAACAGAUACUACGGUCUGGCAGGCAAGCAUUCGGUUCAGACUGCUGAGCUCCAGGUUAGGCACGGCAAAGUAGAGGUCCGGAGGGGGGAAAUGGAGAAACCGCAACGGGUAAACAACAAUGAACCAGGCUACCAAAGUUCCUUGAAGACCAACAGUAAGACAAAAUACUCUCUACCUCAGUCCCAGCUGCCUUAUAGUGAAAAUAAGGAGCGUAGUGGCCCUUCCCAGCUGGGGAACGGUCUACAUUUUGACCGCCAAACAUCUGAACUUUCUGUUCGAAGCUCAGAGGAUGCUGCAAAGAGAGGUGAAGGACACGCUAAUGACACGAAAAGACACGUCACAGCACAUCAAAGUAACGAUCUUAAGGUCGGUCUUUCACGGCACCAAAACCCUUGGGUGCCGCAAGAAGACCACCGAAUAUCCCCCCUGAAAACCCCACUCCUCCACUCCCUGGCCCAGGAGAGUAGGAGUCUGGCCGUGAGGCAACCAGCAGCUACGACCACGGGUGCAACACAGGAUGCCGGUGACACCAUGGCCACCAGCAGUGGAAAAUCUAAUCGCCGCAGCGACCGUUAUGCCACCACCCUCCGCAAUGAGAUCCAGCAGAAGCGAGCCCAGCUGCAAAAGAGCCGCAGCGCUGCAACCCUGACAUGCGAUGCUGAGGAUGAGGAGUGGAGAUCCACGAAGACAUCUAUGUCUUCUGGUGUCUCCUUCUCCAACACUUACAAGGACCACCUGAAAGAGGCGCAGGCCAGGGUCCUCCAGGCCACCUCCUUCCAGAGACGGGACCUUGAGCCUCUUGGACCAGAGGCGCCGGUUGUUAAAACCUCCAAUGGACGCAUUAGAGGACGUAAACGCUUCCCCCUGGCCAAGAGAAUGCACUCCUUCUCAGAGCCUGACAAGAUAGACAAAGUGGGAGUGGAGGGAGAACCUCAGACAGGGUCUUUCGGAGAGCGGAAGAAGUUCUUUGAGGCCAAACCGGCAUUUUCCAAGCCUGUGCUGAAGUCCAGUCAGGGUGCAAACUUGAACGCGGACCUUUGUGAGAUAGGCAAACCCAAAGAGAGAACUCCCUAUGCAGAGGAGGAGGCUCACCCAUCUGCAGAGCACCUCAGCCCUGGACACAAGCAGGUCUUGGUAGAGCAGCAGAGGCUUGGGACCUUUGCUGAGUACCAGGCUACGUGGAACAAACAGAAGAAGUCAUCAGAGGCCAAGACGCAAGGGAGGUAUCACUCAGCGGAGAACAUCUUGGAUGCCGAUGGUGAGGAGAAGGCUGUGUGCGUCCACGAGAGAUCCCGAUCUUCUCCCUCUGCAGACUUCUAUACACAGAAUAUUCCUUCGCCAUGGCAAGACCCUGACAGCCAGCAGAGCAGUAACGGAGGAAAAACAGAGAGCAGGCUGCGAUGCCAGCCCGACCACAGCCCACAGUCGACCCCGUCAGUCCACAGAAACGAGGGCCUCACCGACCACAGGACCAAACCAGACGCUGCCAGUCCCUCCCACACCACACACUCCCCUGGCCCUCGCAGCCCCAGCCCAGCAUCCCAGUAUCCAGCUCAUCUUCCACAAACUAAGGGCCUCCUGCCUCCGCCCAGGCCCCAUUUAGGCCCAGAAACCACAUCCUCCUCCCAGGAAUUCCUCGCUGGCGCCCAGGCAGACCCGACAGCGCUCCAGCCUCUGUCCAGCUGCAGCUCUGACAGCCAGCACCAUGCUACUGCCCAGAACUCCUACACUGGCCCCGCCUCGGCCAGCUCCCCUCACCUCAGCAGCACGUCCAGAGCCGACUUGAGCAGAGGAGGUGGAGAAAGCGAGGUGGAGAAGGAGCUACCGCAGCCACCUUCCUCUUCAUCCCUGCUCUCUUCCUGGACGGCUGCUGUGUCUUUUCCUGCCACGGAUCGAGCACGGUCUCCCUCUCCACAGUUUGCACCGCUGAGACUGACCGACAAACCGCCGGCCGUGGCCGUGCAGGAUGACUCACCUCUCAGGUCAGAAAAUGAUUUGAAGCUCCUGGCUGAGAUGGAUUUGAACAGUCCGGUGAGGAAGGUCCCGGUGAGGAUCGUCCAAGCCGAGUCCAGCUCGGACCGUGAGGGCCGGGCCUACCUGCCUCAGAGCAGCGAGACUUGCAGCGCCUUUGAGCUUCCGGUCCACGUCCCCUCCCUGAGCACCACGGAGCGCCAGGCCUCGUCCCUGUUCAGCGCUUACACCCGCCAGGACCCGGCUCAGGCUUCAGUCUCAGUCCAGGAGUCGAGUCCAGCAGGGGUUCAGCGCUCGGAGGAGGACGCCAAGAGAGAGGAGCUGGCCAGGGACAUCAUGGGAAAAGACAAGUCCCUGGUGGACAUCUUGGACCAGAGUGGCAGGAGGACUACCAUGGACCUGAUGGAAGGACUCUUCCCCACGGAGGAGCAGGUCCUGGAGGGGAACCACCAGCGCAGGAGGGCCUCCUCUGGCUCCAGACUGCCCACCUCAUCCCCCAGGAGCAUGGACAGGAGGGAGGAUGAGGACUUGCCUGCAUCAGCUGCAGCCUCCCUGGUCCCCAGCUCCUCCUACUACAACACAUCGGCUCCCAAAGCCGAGCUCCUCAUCAAGAUGAAGGACAUGCAGGAGCAGCUGGAGGAGCAGGACUCUGAGGACGAGCUGGACGUCGACCUCGCCGGUAAAAAGGUGAAGACACAAGAGCUGAUCUCCAGCCUGGCCAGGAAGCUGGAGGUGCUGCGGGAGGCCCGGCACAGCCUGCAGGAGGACGUGGAGGACAACGAGGCUCUGGGCCGGGAGGUGGAGGCCACCGUGCAGCGUCUCUGUCAGGCCAACCAGCUCGACAAGUUCUGCAUGUUCGUGGGCGACCUGGACAAGGUGGUGAGCCUGCUGCUGUCGCUGUCUGGGCGGCUCGCCCGGGUGGAGAACGCUCUCAACACCCUGGAGGACGAGGCCUCGCCAGAGGAGAAGCAAACCCUGACAGAGAAGCGUAAGCUGCUGAUGCAGCAGCACGAAGACGCCAAGGAGCUGAAGGAGAACCUGGACCGUCGGGAGCGGCUGGUGUCCGGCAUCAUGGAGGCCCACCUGGACACAGAAAGCCUGGACGACUACCGCCACUUUGUGAAGAUGAAGUCAGCCCUCAUCAUCGAGCAGCGGAAACUGGAGGAUAAGAUCAAGCUGGGCGAGGAGCAGCUGAAGUGCCUGGUGGACAGUCUGCCGCUGGAGCAGAGGCCGCUGUUCUGAUACCGUUCACCUGGAAAAGCAUCUGGUUCUUCUGGAUCAAGAUGGAGGCCCAUUUGAAGGAGCUACAUGUAGCAUUUUGAUAUUAAUGUCUUUGUUAAAUUGUUCAUGCCAAAGAGCAUUUCAUGCCAGUGGUACUGUUUUUCAGGAAUGAAUACUACAUUACCCAUGUGGCCCUUUUUGACCAAAUAGUUCCAGGAUCAAAGGAGCCUGAGCAACUAAAUUGGGUCUAUUUGACCUAAAGUAGAUUAAACAACGGCGGCUUCCUUGAGGCCCAAUUUUUGCAGGAUGACUAGACAAGAACACGGAGAUGUUGUGUUGUCAUUUUUUUCUUCUGCUUUGGUAUGCAUCUGUAUUAAUGAUUGAAUAAACUAGACUUCCGGGGAAGUUCCUGAGUUCCUUAAAAGGUCAAAGGUUCCUAAAAACGUUCAUAAUAACGUAACAUAAUGUAUUCUAUUGACUGAGGAGGAUAAACAAAAGAUUUAAUGUUCUCUUUCAUUCCUUCUCCAGUCGGCUGCACCAGAAACUCUUAAUAUAAAUAUUAAUCCCCAAAAUGUACAUUUAGUCCAGAGACCGUUGUGUUUAGUAUUUUAAAGUCAUUCUACUCAUGGUUCACUGAUGUUUUAUAACAUUUUAUAUUACUCUUUUGGAGGCGUUUUAUCUCCGUUUACUCCAAGAUGAAUGUUUAAUACUCAAACACAGAUUUUAGAUGGUUAAAACUUUGAUCAGAAUCAUAUUUUAUUGUUUAUGUAUUUACAUCUCAACACCCCUCCAGAGAUGAGAGUUAAGAGAAAAGCAGCAAUGGAAAAGUCAAACGCACAAACCAGAUGUUCUCAACCAAAAAGUCAAACACACAAACCAGAUGUUCUCAACCAAAAAGUCAAACACACAAACCAGAUGUUCUCAACCAUUAUCUUAGUGUUUCUAGCCCCGCUUCAUUAUCUUAGUGUUUCUGGCCCCGCUUCGUUAUCUUAGUGUUUCUGGCCCCGCUUCAUUAUCUUAGUGUU